AAGUUUUAGUUUGUGUUUGGUCGCUUGUUGUAUAAAAAUACAUAGCCUACUACUCGCUCUUAAGAAAUUAUAGAAUUACUGUUGAUUGGUUUAUUUUUACCGAACAUGUAGAUGUUAAACGUAAUAACCAACUGCAGGCGAAACGUAGCUUCCGCAUCCGUUAAGUGAGACUUCGCGGGUAAAGAGUAUUUUAUACAUCAAGAUAUCAACCUGCGGUUUUGAAUGCAUAUUAUGCUUUGUAGUCGUUGAACGUUCAAUUAUUUCCUAUUGUGAGAACCAGACGCUAAGCGGUAUAGUUAGCUUUGUUACGAAAGAACAAACAGACCCACAGAGGAAACAUGUCGCUGCUUUCUGCGGUAGAGGAGGCUAUCAAGACCUAUAAGGCCGAACAAGUCAAGCUUAACCGCAGCAUUCAAUUUCACCGAGAAAUUUUACAUAGUCUGAUACCACAACCAGAGGCAGGCUCUGAAGAAGCAGAAUUAGCAGACAAUGCUGCUGCAGAAGCAGAGUCCUCGCCAGGGGAGAAGGAAGAUAUAGAACUGCUUGAGCAAGCACUGGAAAAAGCUCUUCGGGUCCGCACUGGCACAGAGGUCUCUAAGCAAGACUCCAGCAAAAGAAAACUAUCCACAACUAAAGAAACAGAAUGCAUGCCAGCUCUAUCAGCAGUGACUAAAGAUAAUCAGCCAACCAGCAAGUCAAGUAAAAAGUCUGCCAGCCUUCACAGAAAAGGGCACAAAAAGCCAAGUGUUUCACAUAGCUCAAGGCCUUCAGCGGGCCAUAAACCAGCACAGUCCAAAAACAGAACCCAACACCAUCCCUCCUCAGCUGCUCAUGCCGGGCAUCACCAGCAGACUGUCUUGGCAGGGUUUGAAUCUCCUGAUCAAAUCACAGCUUUGCUCUCGAAAAACAAGACGGUCAGAAGCAAUAUGCCCCGAGACGAUGGGCUGAGCAAAUUUGCAUCUGUCCCCAUGCCUUCUUCAGAUCACAUGUCCUUUUCAGGGACAGAUGGAUCUGGGGUCAGCAGUUUGCAUCAACACAACGGGGGGCGUCCUGAGCAAAUUGCAAAAUGGAAAUCUUUAAGGAGCAAACAAAACAGAUUGUUGGACAAAGUUAUUGCUUUACAGAGGAACCCGGAGCCUGGGAGGAGUCGCUUCAUACAGAGAAUGAGGACGACGUUUCCUAGUGAUUGGCCAAGUGGAAGUCCAGAUGAGACCAGGUUUCAGCUCCACAGACUAACCGAAGAAGCAUUCAACCUUGCACAUCUUUGCCAGACCGAGAAGAUUCUUGUCAAUGAGGUGCCAGAAAUGGACACUGAACUUCCGAGUGGUAAGCAGACCAAGUCCCAUUCCGACCUGACACCAGCAGGGUUGCAGCUGGCAGCUGCAGAGCUCCAUGUCCUGGCAGAUAAAGUGAAGCAAGAGUUGAAGGCAUGGGAUCGAUGGAGGCCAGAGGGAGGGUGUCUUUGCCCGUCUGAGGCAGCUGGCCUGUUUGCAGAUGGGGCGGCUUCACCUCUGCCCCUGACCAUAACCUACAGCACACAGCAGGAGCUACAACAGCUGGAGGAGCUGCGGAUGAGAGUGGCACUGCUGCAACAAGAGACUUACUUUGAACAGGUUCUCUUGGACUCUCUGUCCCCUCAGUUUUCAUCCAUCGGACCUGGACCUGGAUGUCCCGGUCCAAGUACGCUCAGAGACAUGUACUCCCUGCUGGGUGAGGGAGGGGAGCGUUUUGCUGCGAUUGUCCAGGACUCUGAGCAUGAAUGACAGCUGAGGUGGUCACACUGGGAGUAAACAAAAAAGCUUAGCAGCAGGUAUGGUUACAUGAGGCACCUAUUAGCAUACGGUAGUGCAUUGAAAACCCAAUAGUCACUUCUUGUUGAAAGAUUAGUUGAACCACAGUAUAAUAAAACAUUAAUAAAUCAUACUGAAAUCUCUAUUAAAGUUUCUCCAGUAAAUUAAAAUGUAUAUUUGUGUGAACUCUGAUUGAUGACCUAUCUUUAACACAUCUGAGCUCCUCCUUAACUCCUGUGAGCCUAUGACUGAUUAAUGUUUUUGAAUUUUUUCUUUUUAAAUAUCACCAGAUAUGAAUGAAUAUAUGGACAAAUACAGUUAAUGUUACUGAUAUGUGCUUAUUUUUAUAAGCUAUUUUUUUUUCAUAAAUCCAUGCUUUAUGAAUAAAUUAUUUAACACAUUUUGUUAUAUUCCAUUUCCAA